UUCUACGUGGAUACUACGGGCGGCUUCAUCGACAAGGAAGUGCCUCGGUACGUCAGCAAAGUGCCGGAAACGGGGGAUCCGAGCGUGAUGGUUGUCGAGGAAAGCGCGUUGGAAGAAGGCGAAAUCAGAGAUGAAGACGAGGAAGACAAGAAAGACGAAACGAAUAUCCUUAACAGGAGGUUUAACCUAGAGGAAAUUCCCUUAGAGGAAGACGACAAUGAGCAGGAAGAUGAUGAUGUGGUGGACUGCGAUUCUCUGACCGUACCAAAGCCGAAGCAAGUUGAAGAUCAGUCGGUAAUAUUCUGUUCGGAGGUGAUCGAUCUAGUGAGUGGCAAUUCCACUCAGAAGACCCGCAUCGAACCGGCGGAUUUCAUACCGAUUGGAUUUGAUGUGGAGGUUGUAAAUGCAAACCAGGGAAGGUUCAAUCGGUCACCGAGGAAGAAAUUGUUCAAGGGUUUAGAAAAGAAGCGGAGUAAAUCCAUUGAAAAACCCACGCGGAAAAAACAGCAUGAUGAGAAAGUUGAAGUAGAAUUGCCAGGGGAAGGUAGUAGCAGCAGUCCGAAGAAGCGGUUCGUUGUCAUCGACGGCAACAACGUUGCGUUUGCGCACACGUAUGGACAGGCAUUCUCGGUGAAAGGGCUAGAUAUUUGUAUACAAUAUUUCAAAAAAAUGGGACACGAGGUGAAAGCUGUAGUACCACAAUUCAGACUGAAAAGGGAAAAAUCCACCGACCACAGGCUCCUGGAGGAACUGUAUAAAAAGGGUGACAUCCUGUUGGCGCCCAGCAAAAAUCUCCCGGGUCAAAAAUCGUCCUCCUACGACGACCGGUUGAUCAUCUCCGUGGCGGAAAAGUUCGAUGGCGUCGUCAUCUCCAACGACAACUUUCGUGACCUGCUGGCAGAGAAUGAUUCUUGGAAAAAGAUCAUCGAAACGCGAGUGGCCGGUUACACGUGGGCGAUGGAUGCCUUCUUUCUGCCGGACGAUCCGUACGGCCGCAAGGGCCCAAGUUUAGCGGAAAUGCUACAGCCAAAAGCCGCCGCGGUUGAUGCCACCGCCAAAGAUAAGUAGUCAUCUCUCAUAACCGUUUUUUGUCUUGUUUUGUUUCGUUUCUCCAAUUUGUUUUCUUUUCUAAAGAUGCUCUUUUUUAGUUGGUUGUGUUUUAUACAAAUACUUGUUGAUAUUUAUUAUUAAAUACUGGCUAGUUCUACACAAUCAAAUCACUUUUCUUAGGGCAAUAAACACACAAAAUAUGGAAAAUCAAA